AUGGUCAACACACCGUCGCUCCUUCAUGACCACAACGAGUAUCUCAACGAGGCAGUAUUCCUACGAGGUGUUGAGAUCUAUGAGACUUUGAUUGACAACCUUGCUAACGUAGAAGGUGAUGUGUAA